UACGCAAAACACACAGCCACUAUCUCUACGGAGACGAUGGCACCCAAAAAGAAGAGCGCGAUCCCCGACAGGUGGACCGAUUACAAAGCGCUGGGGAAAAGGAUACCCGGAACACGCUUCAUAGCUUUCAAGGUUCCCUUAAAACAGUCGUUGCAGAAGCUUCUGCCUCCGUCUAAAGCCUUUGGACCGUUGGAUCUCAUGCAGCUGAUGGAAAAGGAGAAGCAGGAGUUGGGCCUGAUCAUUGAUCUCACCUUCACAACACGCUACUACCAGCCAGAGGAUUUGCCAGACACUGUGUACUAUGUGAAGAUAUUCACCGCGGGACAUGAAGUGCCGAAUGACAAGACAAUCCUCUGCUUUAAGAAAGCCGUGAGAGCGUUUCUGCGUGACAACCAGAGUAACGACAAACUGAUUGGAGUUCAUUGCACCCAUGGUUUAAAUCGGACGGGUUACCUGGUGUGUAGAUACCUCAUUGAUGUGGAUGGACUGGAACCAGGUGACGCGAUUAACUUGUUUAACGCAUCCCGUGGGCACUGCAUAGAGAGGCUGAACUAUCUGGACGACCUCAGGUCAGGACCCAGGAGGAGUAAUGAGGGAAUGGAGCAGCCGGACCAGGAACCUGUGCGAGGGUACGCAAAGUGGAACCAGUUUGAGCCUCCUCCUCCUCCUUGUCCUCCUCAUCAGCGUGACUCCUCCAGCCGACAGCCUCCUCACAGCAUCCACGCCUGGGGUCCGCAGCUCAGCUCCUCUCAGUCAUUUCACCCGAGAGCCAUGCCCAACCACACGGGACCCAGAGCCCCGCCCAACCACACGGGACCCAGAGCCCCGCCCAGACACACGCUCCCACCCCCUCCCCAGGGCAUGUGGCCUUGUCGACCUCUGUACCCUGACCAUCACCCCUUUCCUCCCUGUCCCUACCCCGAGUCUCUGCCUCGUUAUCGAUUUGGCGAAGCUUGGCAGGAGCCAGCUGCGUUUCGCUCCGAAGUUCGAGAGGACGGCGAACAUUCGCAUAGAAAACGCCGCGUCAGGUCACGGCGAAAAGCACACAGAGACAGGAAGUGACGGGCUCACUCUCAGCUUGGCAACCAGAUAUUCUGUCCUCAUGCCUUUUUCGCUGCUGUCUGGACACGGAGAGAACUGGUCUCCACUUUUCUUUCUUUUAAAUGAGCAGUUUUUCACAGACUACGAAGCCUUCAAACGACCUUUUUUAUCAGGCUGUUACCUAGUGUUGGACUGUGGGCUUCUGACUGCCACAAAUAUUGUUCAUUUACUGGUUUGACAAACGUUUUACUGGUUUGACAAACGUUUUACUGGUUUGACAAACCUUUUACUUCACAACUUUUACAUUGUUUUAAUUCCAUUUGUGUGUCAUGUGCCAACAUCUGGUUUCAUGUGAAACACUAAGAAGCAGAAAAAUUAUAUUAGUUUAAAAGGAAAAGAC